GAGGAAGGAGUCAAAAAUUUUACCCCUCCUACAACUAGUGAAACCAAUGAAAAGCACAGCACCGAGGUACCCUCAAGCGCAACCGUAUCUAAUUCUCCUUUGGAGGACCAUUCCCCAGAGGACGACAACGAAUUAUUUUCUGCCGACUACGUCGAAAAGCUGGUGGCUUCGUUUUGGAGCAAAGUCGAUAAGAAGAUUGAGACAGUUGUUUCACAAUACCACACGAGUCCGCAGGCCGGUCAGCAGUAUAUUUCGCAAGAAAAUGCGCAGGCUGAUACGAACGAAGCAAAGGAAGAACCAAAAGGUAACAAUUAACCACGAAUGCUAUAUUGUAUUUAUUAGUAGACUGUUAUAAACCUGACUUACUUGUUUAUUACUUUUCAUUUUUAAAAGUAAACACUAUUAUAAUCCAUUAAUUUCUUAAAUUUUUUUACACCAACAAUAACUUCUUUUAAAAAUUAUUAAACUGAGAGUGACUUGGUAACACUACUGGCGACUGUUUGGAUUAAGAAGCUCUUUUCUUAGUGUGACUGAGAUUCAGCCUGACUUAUGAUCUCAGUUCGUGCUGGAGAAUACAAGACAGAAGUCACUCAAAAAAACAAUUAUCUUAAAUGUUCAUAUUUGCUCUCUUUCAGAAAAGAAGUGUCCCCUUUCCAAAUCCCCUGGUGGGAUUUGCGUCUUUGUACUUUUUAUAUUUCAGGUGAGGAUUGUAAGCUAACUGUAGCAAAUGUCACUGUCGUGUUGUGAAUUUAUGCGAAUACAAUUAAGCAUCAAUCAUAUUACUACAGAAGUAUGUACUAUAAUUACAUAGACAACUUUUACCUUUUCUAAGCGUGGUGAAGGAACUCACAAAAUUUUCGAAUUCUUCGCUCCACACUUAUCAUUCCUUUUCUAACAGUUCUAAGAAUAUUCAACUGGAAAAUAUUGCAUUUUAAUGAUAAGUUAUUAUAUAUUAAACGCUUUCUCUUCUUUAUAGACAUUAAAUAAGAUUUGGACCCUUUGCAAAGAGAACUUGAAGAGCAAAGGAAAGGUAAGUACGGUUACCUGUAAUAUUCACCAGGUAAAUGUCACAAUAAGAGCUGACAGUUCACAGCCUUUCUAUUUCCUUUUGCUCCAAACGGAAGAGAAUAAAAAAAUCAGCGAGAAAAGCGAGCGCGAGAAGCAAAGAUGAAGGUCGGGGAUGGCAGGCAAGGAAAAAGAAGAAGCGGAAUGCUAUUUUCCAAAGAUGCGUUAAGUCUCUGUAAUUCUCUUGCCGCUUUCUGCCUCUUCUCCGCUCACUUGCGCACCGCGCACCGCUUAGCCUGCGUAUCUGGCGGUUUUUUGUUGUGUUUUUUCUUUUGUGGUUCGGAAAGUAAGAGUUAGAGCCGUGCAAAAGCUAAACCGAGGUAGAAACAGAAAACGACAUGGGGGAGAGGGCGAGCGGGAGAAGGCAGUGAGAAAAAUCGCCUGCAAUUUUUCUUACUGCCUUCUCUCCCCGUCCCCUCUCCCAUCGUUUUCUUUUUCGUCCUCGGUUCAAGUUUCGUGGGGCUGAAUCUCUUACUUUACGUACCACCAAACAAAAAAAACACACCAAAAAGCCCACCAACUGCGCGGGCUACGCAUCGUGUUGGCAAAUGCGCCUAGUUCGCGUGCCGAUCAAACAGAUCGUUUUCAGAUCCCGCCGCCGUGUUGGCCACUAUACGAAACAGAGAAUCAAGUGACCGAUACAUGAUUAAAAAAUGCGGGACAUAGUAUUUUGUUUUGUUAGUUACUUUGAGCAGGAGCCCGUAACCAGGGUUACAGGUUAUGGGUUAGGCUUUGAAGCAGCAGAAUAUCAGAGAAAGAAAUUAACUGCAAACCGUGGACGAAGAUCCUGCUGGUUGUCAACGUUGGAUCUCUAGAAACUAAAACGAGAGGUCUCAAAGACUACUGCAAAGCUGAUUAUAAUAACGUGUAUCGCUUUUUAAUAACAAUAUUUCGGCUGCCCAUACCAGCCUUCUUCAGGUUUACAGAUGGUGUUACCGAAUUCAUGAUUAUAGAAAUUACAACAUUAUAUAGGUGGCAAAUAUCGCAUUAAAAACAGUUUAAAAGGGAGAGGCAGAAAGGACGCACAAUAUAAAAAGGAAAGAAAAACUAAUAAGGAUAUAGAUUCCAAUAAUUCGCACGGCGGUUUAGGCCAUUAGGUUCAAGAGUCAUGGCCCUAUCUAUGAAAUAUGACUCCCUUGCCUUACGGACUGAGUCACGUGAAGAAUAUUAGAGAAACCCUUUUUCCAACCAAAUCGUGACAAAGCCUCCUCCAAUAUAACCUACCUUAUUAUUCGAUGCAAAUUUUUCUUCCUUUUCAUUGGCCGAGAGUUCACCACGCGACCUGUAAAUAAUUGCCGACAAAUAAUGGUCUGCUCAUGCGCAAUGUCGUCCAACUGUGUUUGGCCACAUAAAUGAGCAAAAUGGGAAGGGAGCCAUUUGAUCUCUGUCUGGCGCUCUUGCCCCUUCCCGAAGAUAUUCAUUAAGAAAAAAUGAAUCGGUAACCGAAUGAUGAAACAAUUAGUGAACUCGGUUAUGGCAAAAUAUCGUGAUUUGUCAGUGUCUCGCAGAUCAAUUAUUUGCCUCAGCCGCUGGCCAGUAACCUGACAAAUCACAAUAUACUGCUCAACUUCAUCCAAUAAUUGUCAAUAAAUUAUUUAGAGCUAACUCUAAACCAACAUGACAGGAAUGGUUUAAAGAUGGAAUGUGGAGGAACAAUCUGAGAGCAAUCUUCACCCAUCGACAUGCUAAUUUCACUGUUGUCAUGGUGACACUGAUGGACUGUUUCCUGGUGACUGCCAAUAUCUUUGCAGACUUUAAUAUUAUUGACGGUAAGAUAUUUGGUUCACGUAAAAUAGCUCUAAGAUCUUGAAAUGUUGAAACGAAAUCGAAGUGAUUUUUCUCCUUUCUCAAAUCUUCUUCGUAAAUCCUUGUAAUUCUUAGCCUGAUCUGUGAAGCGCGACUCGUACUGACUAAGCGUCGUGGCUCUCCGGCUUUGGCAUGUUUGUUUUACGACACACCUACUUCAUCCUCGAAACACAAGAACAUUUAGAAGUAACUUACGACUUACAAAACACUUUCUUGCAGAUAAUGGAAUUGAGUUUAUAUUUAGAAGCUUUCUUUAUAUCAACUUGGCGGUAAUGUUCCUGUUUCUUUUUGAGGUAAGCUAAAUCUGAAUAAAUCAAACACUGAAUUAAAGGAAAACUAUGACCGAGAAAGAACAAACCAUGAUACGAUAUCUAUCAUUAACUGGAUACUACCAAGAAUAUCACAUAUCAGAUUCAAACAACCUUGCACUUAACAAGUAACAGCUAUUAUUGAUUAUCAUUGAUUACAAUCAUUUUCCAGCAUCAAGGGCUGAAUUCAAUCAACUUCUUUUCUAGACCUCUCUCUUCGCUUUCUCGAGGCCAAGGCUAAGGUUGAACUUCAGUAACACAUCUCAGAUAAUCCAUUUUAUUUAUAUUUUUGUCCAUUUUCAAAGAUAAAAUUUAAAUGGGCUGCGUUCUUCUAAAAGAAGAGCGGUAAAAAAUAUGACCAAUUUCAGGACUGAAGUAUAUGCAUGCACACAGCCAUAUCACCAGGGUAGUGGCAGCCAUGGAAAGCUGUUUCGCUUAAUUAAAGGGGUGCUUUUGUACUCGCCUUAGUGGCAAAUGGCAGGGUCGAUAAUCGCAGCUGAGACUUCUCGCUUGGGGCUGUGCCAUGUUGAUGAGUCCAGUGAAGACGAAACAGCUGUUCAUGGCUGCCACUGCCCUGGUGAUAUGGCUGUGCGCAUGUGUAAGGUACCGGCCAUACCGCAAAAAAUCGCGAAGUUGGUAGUGUGUGCCUCAGUGCUGAAAUUGAUAACAAAAUAAUCCGAAUAAAAGCACAUUUUUAUUGUGUGAUGAAAUAUGUGAUCCGAUGCUUAGUUCAGGUGGCUCGUUUUGGUGCCUAAAUGUUAUUAACGCUAUCAUUAAUAUAGUUCAUGAAUAAAAGCUUAUACAGAAUGGUUUUAAAUUUUUCAUCAGUGUUUCAUAAGAAUGAUUGUUUUUCGGGGAGACUUAUUUCAAGACAAGAUGGAGGUAAUGAAUGUUAUAUUGAGGAUAACUUCAUCAAGAGGGACUGUUAUGUCGUCCUACUUCAAAAGCUCUCCUGGUUGUGAUACUAGGGACCUUAAGAUCCGACGACGGCGACGGCAACGGGAACGCCACAAGUUUAAUUAGCAAAACAACAAUUUUGCACGUGCAUCACGCUUUUUUGUGCAUUUCUUUGCCGUCACUGCACGACUACGACGUGAAAAUGCCUAAUUUCACGAUGCACAGAGGAAGUACACAAUCGACGACGAAAUUUCCUCUCUCUUUCUGAACUUGAAUAUGGUUCUUAAGAAUUCAACUUUAGGAGGGUUCGCCUACAUUUGACAAAGUUAGUGACAUGGAGUAAUCGCGAUCAAGAUUGAAAGAACGCGAAUUCACUUUUUCAGCGACGAUUUCUCCGCCGUCGCCGUCCUCGAAACUUAAGGUCCCUAGUUACUUUUGUCGUAGCUACAACGACAUUAUAGGAAAAAUUAAGUACAGUCAAACCUCUUUAAUGCGGACACCAAAGGGACAGAAGCAAAUGUCCGCUUUACAGAGGUGUCCGUAUUAUAGAGGUAGGGAAUGUAUGAUACUUGGCAUUUCUAGGACCAGACGAACUGUCCGUAAUAGGGAGGUGUCCGUAUUAUAGAGGUGUCCGUAAGGAGAGGUUAGACUGUACUCAGUAAAGGGCAAUACGGUCGCACAGCUCAUUAGCAUACAUUGGAGUUAAGGAAGUCAAUCUAAUCAAGUUCGGUCUAGCGAUUAUAUCUCAAGUAAUCUUCGUACAAUGUGCUCUCACCGACAAAAAUUUAAAUACAAACAGUGACAAUGUUUAUUCGACAUGAGGUGUUAGGGGCGCUUUCCAUUUGUCAGAACUGACUAGCCAGACCAUUUCCCGUCGUAAUGAGAAUCUCACUUUUACUCAAAACUAUCCAGCCAGAUCAAUCA